CAACAAAUUCAUCAUUAUGGCUUCCACACUUCAAGAAAAUAAUCCUCAUUCCCAAUCACCUAAGCCAAAUUUCAUGUUGAAAUUGAAGGAAAAUUUGAUAUUCAAAUCAAAAUGGGCUGAAUUGAAUGGUGCAAUGGGUGAUUUAGGCACAUAUAUACCAAUUGUCUUAGCUUUAACCCUAGCCACACUUAAUCUUGGCACAACGCUAAUUUUCACUGGUGUAUACAAUUUUGUAACUGGUGCUAUCUAUGGUGUACCAAUGCCUGUUCAGCCAAUGAAAUCUAUUGCAGCUGUAGCUAUCAGUAACCCGGAGUUCGGCAUACCGGAAGUUAUGGCUGCCGGAAUUUGCACCGCCGGGAUCUUAUUCGUUUUAGGCGUCACCGGAUUGAUGCGGAUUGUGUAUAGAUUGAUUCCAAUUUCAGUUGUUAGGGGAAUUCAACUAGCACAAGGUUUGUCAUUUGCAAUGACAGCAGUUAAGUAUAUUAAAAAUGUACAAGAUUUCGCAAAAUCAAAAUCUGGAGCGCAGAGGGAUUGGGUAGGGUUAGAUGGAUUGUUGUUAGCUUUAAUUUGCGCUGUUUUUAUUGUGAUUGUUAAUGGUGCUGGUGAUGAUGAUGAUGAUCGUGUCGAUAAUCAAGAGAGUGAAACAGGAUGGAAAAAAGUUCAGAAAAUCAUAUUUUCACUUCCAUCAGCUUUUCUUAUAUUUUUAUUAGGUGUUGUUUUGGCUAUUAUAAGAGGGCCUAAUGCGAUAAAAGGGUUUAAAUUUGGUCCAUCGAAAAUUGAAGUAAUAAGUAUAUCAAAACAUGCUUGGAAGCAAGGGUUUAUUAAGGGUACUAUACCUCAACUUCCUUUAUCUGUAUUAAACUCUGUGAUUGCAGUGUGUAAACUGUCAACAGAUUUGUUUCCUGAGAGGGAAGUCACAGCUACCUCGGUGUCGAUGACGGUGGGGUUGAUGAAUCUAAUAGGUUGUUGGUUUGGUGCAAUGCCAUGUUGUCAUGGUGCAGGUGGGCUAGCAGGGCAAUACAAGUUUGGUGGUAGGAGUGGUGGGUGUGUGGCACUUCUUGGUGUGGCUAAGUUGAUUUUGGGAUUGGUUUUAGGUAGUUCAAUGGUGAAGGUUUUGACACAAUUUCCUGUUGGGGUUUUAGGGGUUCUAUUGUUGUUUGCUGGGAUUGAAUUGGCUAUGUGUGCAAGAGAUAUGAACACUAAAGAAGAGGCAUUUGUGGUACUUGUUUGCACAUCAGUUUCAUUAGUUGGGUCAAGUGCUGCAUUGGGUUUCUUGUGUGGGAUUGUGGUUCAUUUGCUACUUAAGAUGAGGAAUAUGGGUAGUGAUGGUCAGUCUUGUUCUGAUGUACUUUGGUUUCAUAGAAACCCAUAAGCAACUUGCAUGUGCAGUGUGCUGGUCAUCUUCUUGUAAAUAAAUAAAGUUGUGUUUAUUUUUUUGUUGUUGUUUGGAUGACGGUAGUGUCCUGAUCAGUUUACGAACAUUUUGGCUA